AUGUCACACGCUAACUAUCAAUUCCCACCAUCUUCUCCUUUACAUGAUGCAGAAGAUGUUCAUCUGCAACAGCAUCAUAACAAAGAUCCAUUUGCAUUGAGCAAGAAAUUACAACCAUUGGAAGAAAGCAAACACGCUAGACAAUCACGUAUCGUGGACUUGCCUACUCCUGAUCCUUCAUCAUCUGUGUUUAGAUCAUCAUCGCCAGCAAGAGGAGAUAGAGCAGAAAGAGGGGAUGUCAGCGAAACAGCUUCCUUCAAGCAAAACGAAUAUGCUGGAGUAACCAAAAAAGCAACAACAUCCGUUUCCAUCAAUAAAAACUUCAAUAUAUUGAAAUCAGAUAAAUCCGUAUUGCGUAUUCCAUUCUUACUGAACCAAAAUGAAUUCACCAUUGGUAGAUCAUCACAAACUUGUCAGUACAAUUUAGAUGCAAAAGACUCAUAUAUCUCACGUACUCAUGUCAAAGUCAACUAUACUCCACAUGAGUUGACCAUCAACUGUAUUGGGUCAAAUGGUAUGUCGGUGGUUAUUCCCAAGAGCUGUUACGUUUAUGCUAAAUCACAAAACGGGAAUGAAUACGUUGUUGUUGAAAACACUCAUGGUGAGCCAUUAUCGACAACAAAGACUAGCUCCACAUCAAUUAAACUAACUGCUGAAUAUUCUCAAUUCUAUAUUCACAAGGGAGAGCUGAUUUCAUUGCCACGUCAAUUCGAGAAUGUUUUGUUGGAAAUUUCGAAACUGAUGGUAUUGUUGAAUCCAAUGGAUGUCGACGAACCAUUGACUGAUGAUGACGAAGAGUUGACGGAUGACGAAGAGUUGGUAUUGAUAAAGAACAAGCAAGGUGAGUCCAACAAUCAAAAACCUCAUCAAGAUUUAACCCCAUUGAACAAGAUUUUUAGUAGUUCAGUACCUCAAACGCCAUCAAAACCAAAAAGCGACACGGUGCCAAUGGUGAACUCAUCGCCUAAACGCGCAGAUGAGACAGAAGAAGCAAUGGACCGUAGUAUGUUGGAUAAUGAUGAUGAAGAAGAAGAUGAUGACUACCAAACUCCAAGCAAACUCAACCUGGUGACAAUUAGACAACCACAGCCAAACAAAUCAGUAAAAUUCAACAUUUAUGCAAACAGUAACGAGCCCUCACCACAUAAGCGCAGCUUAUCGAAUCCUCUGAAGAUGGUGUUGACUGAUGUUACCAACACACCUAGACGAGCAUCAUCAGCGGAGCCCCGUGGCGAAAAGCUGUCUGCGAAACAAUCCAAGCCAAACGACGAUGAACAUUCCGAGAGACAGGAAAAUGAAUCCAACCCUCCAAUGUUAAAAAAAAGAAAGAAGGCCAUUACUCGUCAACAGACUCCAGAAGUUGAUAAUUCGGCAUUAUCGUUACCAAACUUGUCUGAAAUUGAGAAUAUUUUGGUUAAUCAUUUAGCAUUUUCUCGAUUAAGUUCAACGCCAGCCUCGUUCUUAAACACAAUCUCCGCAUCAACGUCCAAGCUUUCCCUUCUACAAAUCAGGUCAAUCUUGCACAAUUUGAAAUGUAUUGGAAUUAUUUACCGCCAGGGUACGGAUGCUGCUGGAAAACCGUUGGAAGAAGAGUACUACUACAUGCCGGAGCAAGAUGAUGAUCAAGGCAGACAAAGUUUAGUCAAUAACGUCAAGGGCCAUGGUGGAUUGCGGUCAUGCAGACGGACACAUAAGCAGUACUACUGGAAGAAACCAGCGCCUAUAAAGAAAUAG